AUGGAUAUUGAGUUUGGCAAAGAAGCUCUAAAAAAUGGAAGUUCUUAUGUAUCAAGAAAAUUAGAUCUAAGUUUUUUAAGAUCAUACUUCAAUAUAGACAAUACUUAUGUUUACAAGAAAAGUCUUAUGAUUAUAUUUCCUUAUAUUUUUAAUUGGGAAGAUGACUCUACAAACAGGCCAGACUUGUACAUUCCGAUAAUGAGUUUUUUUACAUACAUCCUUGUUAAGGGAAUGUAUUACGGCAUACAGAAUUGCUUUACUCCCGAAAAAAUCGGAUUUAUAUUUUCUAGGCUUGUAUUUCUAGAAAUGAUAUUUAUUGCUGUUGUAAAAGGAUUGGCUUAUUUUAUGAAUAUUAAUCUUAAAGUUCUUGAUAUGGUUUGUUAUUCAGGAUAUAAAUAUUUUACAAUAUUAAUUCUACAAUUAAUUCCUAGAAUAAGAUUUAUUAGUUUUCUAAUAACCUUAUAUUCAUACAUUAGCUUCUUUUUUUUUCUGAGUAGAUCACUAAAAAAUAGCUUUCUUAAUGAAUUCACAAGUGAUAGAAAUAAGAAAAUAUACUUUAUAUUUGGUUUUGUAUCUAUGCAAAUUGGCUUUGUAUUUAUAUUUUCAUAA